GGCCUUCGAGCCCAAAGACGCAUACUUGACAGACCUGAGCUUUGAGCGAGUGAUUGAAACAAAGAUGAGUAGCGAGGCGAAAGGUGGAAAGGGGUUUAGAGCGAGGAUGGAGCACUACUUGUACAGCGGCGACAAGAAGCACGUCAUGGCCGGCAUCGUUCUUAUCAGCGCCGUCUUCGCCGUUCCUUGGUACCUCAUGAACCGAGGGGCAAAGCAUCAAUCCCAUCAAGAUUACUUGGAAAAGGCUGAUAAAGCAAGGAGCCAAAGACUGUCAUCAAGUGGUGCAUCUUCGGCUAAAUGAUGUGAACGUAUCUGUUAGUGUGUAAACUUUCCUCUUGAGUUUUCUGGGUUGGAAUAUGCAAGAGGUCUUUGUUUUUUUGGCACAGUGGUUUCCCUUCACUCUCCUGAGAAGAGGGGCUCCUUAUGAACCUUAUGGACUACUUUUUCUUUGUUUCUGUCCUUUUUGAUAUAAUUUUAAUGAGGAAUACAUUUCAAUAACCAGCUAAAAGCAAACAUCGUUCGUUAUCAUA